AUGAUUAAAAAAAAUGGUUCAACAAAAUAAGAAAAUCCUUAAAUAUAAAAAUUAUCAAAUGUAUUUGAGAUAAUUGCGAAAUACAGUAUUUUAUGUUAGGAAGACAAGUAAUAAUCAAUUUAAUUGCAAGGUAAAUAUAAAAAUAAAAUAUUGCAUAAUUGAGUAAAUAUGAGAAACCUCGUUAAAGAAGGUCAUAAUCAUUAUUACAACAAGUUUUAGAAAAAAAAAGUGAGCUAUAAUCAAAUAUAUAAAAAAGAAAAUGCUUUAUGCAAAAAAGAAAAUAUAUUGUCUGA